UGUGUACAGCUGGAGGCUGCUGCUUCUGCUCUCUUACCAGCCACCUCUUCGCCGAGGACUCUGCAGAAGCAUCUCCUCAACAAAGGAGUCAUUCAGCGAUGCCGAAAGAAAGCCUAUUAAAUAGUGUGUGAUGCUUAUGGGGACAUGAAGAAUGAAGCAGUUUGCACGUUAAAGGGCAAAGGGACGCCCGCUCUGGUUGAGGAUUACAAAGGUUGCCUCCUUGCCUCUGGGUGCUACUUUGCGAACUCCAGGUGAAUUGAAGUGCUGCAGUCCCCUCCGAAGCUUUAGCGUGGCAGAACCUUUGACAGCUGGGCUCGGGGCGAUUCCUAGCUUCUGCUUCUCGUGGCUGGCGUAAUGAAGUAAACACAUCCUCUGUAUUCCUGUCAUGUGGGACUUUUGGGAUUUAGCCGGCAGCGUUUCUCCACGAGUACCCAGCUCCCUUGUGGUCUGAGUCAUCACAAGUGAAGUGACGGAGCGCUCCCCACUUUGGGCUUCAUUGUUCCUUGUUCUGUAGAGCGGGGAUUUGGUCCGCCGGAUUAUCCAUCGAAUUCCAACGCCCGGAUUUGAAAAAAAGCAAGACCAUGAAUGAAAACCCCUUUUUGGAUAAUCUGAGAAACCCAAGGUUGAUUCAGCAGGAUGCAAUUGUCACAGCCAUGAAAGCGCUGACUAGUCUGGUUUAGUGACUGACCUUGCAGGGGGCACUGACUCUUUUUGCCCCCCCCCCCCCCUCCUCCUGAUUAAUAAGUGAAGAAGACUUUUAUGGCCGCUUAUUGAAUUGUUUCCUAGAUUAUCAUCUCAGAAAAGAACCUCCUUGCAUCUCCCUGGAUGUUUGCUUGCUUUACAGAUUUGUGUCAUUGCAGUGGUCUACAAGAUAUUGCACUGAAUACACCGGAUAUUACCUGGUUUUAUUAGUGAUGUAGUUUUAGUUUUUUAUGUAUUGAUUUUUUAUUAUUAUUUUUUUCUAUAUCAACUGAGAUGUCAUUAAGGAGUUUUCUUAGUUUUUUGAUAAUGAUUUUGAGGCUCGGAAUAGAGUGAAGACAUGAGUGGGCUUGCUGCCAUUAUUUUCCAGUUUCAGUAGCACACGAGAGAGAGCCAGAUCGAAUGAGCCGCGUGUGUAUUGUGGUCUUGGAGGAGGGGGAGGAUGAGUCCCCUAGCUUUCCCUCCAAGUUACCGCGCUAUGGAAAUCCCUAUCGUCCUCCACCUCCUAAGGCUAUGCUGCCUCCCCUGGUUCAAGCAAUUUUUAAUGGCGAUCCGGAUGAAGUUCGGGCACUGAUUUUCAAGAAGGAAGACGUUAACUUUCAGGACAAUGAGAAGAGAACACCACUCCACGCAGCUGCCUAUCUAGGAGAUGCUGAAAUAAUAGAGCUCCUUAUUUUAUCUGGAGCCCGAGUAAAUGCCAAAGACAGCAAAUGGUUGACUCCUCUCCACAGAGCUGUUGCACCCUGUAGUGAGGAUGCUGUUAAGGUGCUGUUAAAACAUUCAGCUGAUGUCAACGCUCGUGACAAAAACUGGCAGACCCCUUUGCAUAUAGCGGCAGCAAACAAAGCUGUGACGUGUGCAGAAGCACUGGUGCCUCUUCUCAGCAAUGUUAAUGUGUCAGACCGGGCAGGGAGAACAGCGCUGCACCAUGCAGCCUUCAGCGGUCAUGUGGAGAUGGUCAGUUUACUUUUAUCACGAGGUGCCAACAUCAAUGCAUUUGACAAAAAAGACAGGCGAGCGAUACAUUGGGCGGCAUACAUGGGUCACAUUGAAGUUGUCAAAUUACUUGUGACUCAUGGAGCGGAAGUUAUGUGCAAAGACAAGAAAUCUUACACCCCUCUGCACGCUGCAGCUUCCAGUGGGAUGAUCAGUGUAGUCAAGUAUUUGUUAGACCUAGGAGUGGAUAUGAAUGAGUCGAAUGCUUAUGGAAACACGCCACUUCACGUGGCCUGCUACAAUGGACAAGAUGUAGUGGUGAAUGAGCUUCUAGAUUGUGGUGCUAACGUAAACCAAUUAAAUGAGCGCGGGUUUACUCCUUUACAUUUUGCUGCUGCAUCAACACAUGGAGCUCUAUGCUUGGAACUCUUGGUUUGCAAUGGUGCAGAUGUGAAUAUUAAGAGUAAAGAUGGGAAGACACCUCUACACAUGACUGCUAUUCAUGGCCGCUUUUCCAGGUCACAGACAAUAAUCCAAAAUGUUAACGCUAUGGCCAGCGUUCUGAAUACUGUUUUAUCGUUGACAACAGCAUGGGCUGAGAUAGACUGCGAAGACAAGAAUGGAAACACUCCAUUGCACAUAGCAGCCAGAUACGGCCACGAGCUCCUCAUCAACACAUUAAUCACCAACAGUGCAGAUACCUCCAAGCGAGGCGUCCAUGGAAUGUUUCCUCUCCAUCUGGCUGCGCUGAGUGGUUUUUCGGAUUGCUGCAGAAAGCUUCUUUCUUCAGGUUUUGAUAUAGAUACUCCAGACGACUUUGGCAGGACCUGUCUUCAUGCAGCUGCGGCUGGAGGGAACCUGGAGUGUCUGAACUUGUUGUUAAACACAGGCGCAGACUUUAACAAGAAAGACAAGUUUGGGAGAACUCCACUUCACUAUGCCGCUGCCAAUUGUAACUAUCAGUGCCUGUUUGCACUUGUGGGAUCUGGAGCCAGUGUGAAUGAUCUUGACGAGAGGGGAUGUUCCCCCCUGCACUAUGCAGCUACAUCAGACACGGACGGCAAGUGCCUGGAAUACUUAUUAAGAAAUGAUGCAAACCCGGGAAUCAGGGACAAACAUGGGUACAAUGCUGUUCAUUACGCGGCUGCCUAUGGUCAUCGUUUAUGUCUAGAAUUGAUUGCUCGAGAAACCCCCCUAGAUGUCCUUAUGGAAACUUCAGGUACGGACAUGCUGAAUGACGCAGAUACCCGUGCACCAAUCAGUCCUUUGCACUUAGCUGCUUACCAUGGGCACCACCAAGCCCUAGAAGUUUUAGUGCAGUCUUUACUUGACCUUGAUGUACGGAACAGCACCGGCAGGACUCCUUUGGACCUUGCUGCUUUCAAAGGACAUGUUGAAUGUGUAGAUGUUCUCAUCAAUCAAGGAGCAUCAAUAUUAGUUAAGGACUAUGUUGUCAAAAGGACACCGAUUCAUUCAGCAGCUAUAAAUGGACAUUCAGAGUGUUUGCGGCUCCUCAUAGGUAAUGCUGACAUUCAGACUGCAGUGGAUAUUCAUGAUGGAAAUGGACAGACUCCAUUGAUGCUUUCCGUACUGAACGGGCAUACAGAAUGUGUUUAUUCCUUGCUGAACAAAGGAGCCAACGUGGAUGCCAAAGAUAAGUGGGGAAGGACAGCGCUGCACCGUGGGGCAGUGACCGGACAUGAGGAGUGUGUGGAGGCAUUGCUCCAGCAUAGUGCUAACUUCUUGUUACGGGACUGCCGAGGUCGCACCCCCAUUCAUCUAGCGGCGGCAUGCGGUCAUAUAGGUGUUCUGGGGGCUCUCCUGCAGACUGCUGUAUCUGUGGAUGUUGUUCCAGCUAUAGCAGACAAUCACGGAUACACAUCCCUUCACUGGGCCUGCUAUAAUGGCCAUGAUGCAUGUGUAGAACUGCUGCUGGAACAAGAAGUAUUUCAGAAAAUGGAAGGAAAUUCAUUCAGUCCCCUGCAUUGUGCAGUCAUAAAUGACAAUGAAGGUGCUGCAGAAAUGUUAAUAGACACGUUGGGUACAAGCAUUGUGAAUGCAGUGGACUCCAAAGGAAGGACGCCUCUUCAUGCUGCAGCCUUUACAGACCAUGUUGAAUGUUUGCAGCUUUUGCUCAGCCAUAAUGCUCAAGUAAAUGCUGUGGAUUCUUCUGGGAAAACGCCACUAAUGAUGGCUGCUGAAAAUGGGCAAACAAAUGCAGUAGAGGUGUUGGUUAGCAGUGCUAAAGCUGAUCUAACCCUGCAGGAUAACAAUAAGAAUACUGCACUGCAUUUGGCAUGCAGCAAGGGUCAUGAAACCAGUGCCUUGUUAAUACUAGAGCAAAUUACUGACCGAAACCUCAUCAAUGCAACAAAUGCAGCUUUGCAGACACCUCUGCACGUAGCCGCUCGAAACGGGUUAACGGUUGUUGUCCAGGAACUUCUGGGAAAAGGAGCAAGUGUAUUGGCAGUCGAUGAAAAUGAUUUUAAUCUCUCCUGUUAUACAGGCUACACACCAGCAUUGGCAUGUGCCCCAAAUAAAGAUGUUGCUGACUGUCUGGCCCUCAUCUUGGCCACAAUGAUGCCGGUGUCAUCAUGCAGCACAAUGCCAUCUCUAACUUUAAAUCACUACACCAAUCCCUCAAAGACUGUCACAUUUGACUCUUUGCCUCUCAUGAGAAGUGAGCCCAGCUCGUACUGCAGUUUCAACAAUAUCGGCAGGGAAGACGGAUAUCCGUACACAGAAGAAGACGAGCUCAAUGAUUCAGACUCUGAAACCUACUAGGUUUUUACAGGAGCCCAGAUUUUUUAAGUUCCUUGAUUUGUGCAACCCGAAAGAGUUUUCUUACCUGUUCUGCCACAGUGGCCAGAAGUUUAGGUGUUAAAUUAUCACAUUAAAAAAGUUUUUUUUCUUUUUUCCUUUUUAAAAUAUACACUGAUUUGAUGAAUAACUUUGCAAAUGUUUUAAUCUUGACCCAUUUUGUUGGAUAAGAAUAUCCUUUCUACAUGUGAAUAGAUGUCCUUUACGGAAGCUGUCGUGGGAAGAUAGGAAAGUGGAAAUGGAGGAUCUGAAGGACUUUCAAGCAGUCGUUACUGUUUUAUUUAAAGUUUUAUUGUCCGUGUCGAGAGGAUCUUUUAUAAUGCGGGGCAUAGCAGACCAGUCAGCAGACUCCUACUAUAUUGUACAGGAAACACUAUAAUAAACCUUGUAUAAAUAAAAUAAAACAAUUUUGAUGGCAAUAAAUGAAUUUGGUACAUCUGGCAUUGUGUGUACAUCCGUUUGCCAAAGGACCAAAUAACUUUUUUAUUUCUUCAAAUGGUUUUUGAAUGUAAAUUGACUGGAAUCCGUUAAUCUAGAACUGUGCAUCUAAUCUUUUUUUUUGUUUCUAGGUCUUGUUUCUGUCCAUGCCGAGAAAUUUGUCCAGAAUAGAAUUUCUUUUCUUUUUGGAUAGCAGAAGUCGAACAGGACGAUUUGUCUAAACUUUUCCUUGCUGUUCACUGUUAUGACAUUGGAUAAUGUUGUAUGAGGAAUCAAUAAUUGUCGUGUUUUUCUGUUACGGCUUUUAAGUGGCUCUAGUGGCAUGUUCCCAAUAAUGAACGUAUGUGGCAGGAUUCCUCAUGUUCAUUUAGUCUCAAGUUAAAAUAAAAUCUGAAAAAUGAAUUAUGACUGGACACGAACGGCAGACGUUUUAUUGUAAUGUGAAGUAAUUUUUGAAGGCUCGUAACCACUGCAAACCAGCAUAAUGUCUGCCUAGUUAGUCAUUGACUAUGAUUAGAUGCCCAAGUUGACCUUUAUUUUCCAUCUUUUUUUAACCGAUUGUGAGCUCUCUGUGAUUCUGUUACUCUUUUUACAUUAUUUCAGGAAGGGUUGGAAGGUAAAAUUAUACUAGGUCACCGUAGAAUUCAAAAAGUUUGGUUCAGUACAACCAUGGCAGCUCCGGGUUUGGAAACAUAAGGCAGGAAACACACAUUUGGUGCCGUUUUUUAUGCGUUUUUGAGCCAAAGCCAGAAGUGGAUCCAGCAGGAAGGAAAAGGUUAAAUCCAAUCUUUUUAUUUCCUCUCCCGUGUGAAACCACUCCAGGAUUUGGCUUAAAGAACUGAAUGUUUACCGGCCUUGUAGGGGGAAUGAAAGGGUACCGUAUUACUUUUGUAAGAGUACCUUUAGCCGCCUUUUCUUUCCCUGACUAUCAUAUUUGGCGUUUUUGUUAAAUAGAACUAUCAAUACUAAACUAAAGGUCAAUCACACGUGCUAAAAAAAAAAUAUAAAAAUCUGUUGUGUGUGUGUAUAUACUGGUAUGGUAACUUCUGAGGGCUGUUUAGUAUGGACUGAGUAACAGCCAGGUACACACACUUACCAGCGUUAGUUACUGCACUAGCUUUUGUUGUGUACUAAUAAAUAUUUUGUAGAUCCGUAAGGCUGGGCUUACAGGCAUUCUUUUGUUUAUGCUGAAAUUUAUAAACCCAGCCUCACUGAGUUGCUUCAAAUUUACAAGCCAUUUUCUCCUUCGUAGUAUCCUGGCGCCUUCCAAUGUUUAACAAAUGGUCAUUAAUAUCAAAUUGGUGGGAGCUGACUCCCCACCCUAUGCCAAUAAGCCUGGUUUCCAGAACUUUACUGCUUCGUCCAUUGUGUAGUGGACGGUAAAGCUUCCUCUGAAGUGAAUAAGAGAAGCUCUGCAAUAACCAGUUCUGGCCACUACACAGCUGUGGACAGAGCUGUGUACUUUUGGUGCCAGAGUUACUUCCAAAUAGCUGAUGUGCGUGGUGUCUGACCCCUGAAAUCUGAUAUUGAUGUCCUAUUCUAGGUGGAACCUGUUGAAUUCUGGAGAAGCCUUUUAAAGCCUAAUUCUUUAACUCUAGUCUAUGGGUGAUGUGGGUUUAUUGGUCCCUAUUGUUCUCUUAAUCAUCAACCAACCAGACUUAUUGCAUAUCCAGGAUAUAUGCUAUAAUCUGUUCUGGGGCACCCCUUAAACUUCCCAUGCCACACUUACAUGAGUGUAGGAAGCUGAGGUUUGGGGAGUUGCCUCUCCAGUAACCAGUUAUUUUCUUUUACUAAAGUUGGCCAUACACAUUGGAUCUAGGUCAGCUGAACCUAUUUCGUCAGGUUUGGCCGAUCAUCAAAUGUGUACGGAGCUGACUCUCCCCGACUAGCGAUGUUGGGUCAGAUAGGGAUCAGGCGAGUUGCUAACAUUUGGCUGACUGUUAUCUCAGAUUUAUGACCAGAUUUACACAAUAAAACAUCUGCAGGAUCAACAGAAUUUUACAUUUUAAUUUGACCACUUAAUCCAGGAGAGAACUCUUUUUUUUUUUUUUUUAUUAAAGAAA